AGAGCUACCAACUUAUGCCACCAUUGAAUGAGGUCUCUUCCAUAGCAGCACUUCUCCUCAAUAAGUGCAACUCCAUAACCUUAAUCAGCAAAGCACGCCAGCUCCAUUCCCUCAUCCUCACUUCCAUACCCGCCACCUCCAGAUCUCCUUAUGUAUUCAACAACAUUCUCUCCAUGUACGCCCGAUGUGGGUCUAUCCAAGACUCACAUAUCCUGUUCGACAAAAUGCCUGAGAGAAAUAUCGUCUCUUUUAACGCCCUCAUUUCCGCCUAUUCUCGAUACCACCACCUUGCCCAUUGGGCUUUCCAUUUGUUUGCUCAAUUGCAAAGUGAGAGCAUAAGACCAAAUGGGUUAACUUUUACUAGUCUUUUAAAUGCGUGUUCGAGCAUCAAGAAUCAGGUAUUAGGCUCUAUGCUUCACUCCCAGUGUAUAAAGUUUGGAUUUUUAUACGAUGUGUGCGUUCAAACCUCUGUUCUUGGGAUGUACUUAAAUUGUGGAGUCUUGGAUUGUGCAGAGAAAGUGUUUUGCUACAUGCAUGAUAAAGAUUCUGUGGCUUGGAAUACUCUAUUCUUUGGGUAUUUGGAAAAUGGUAAGACCGUGGAAGGCCUUCAGCUGUUUGGCACCAUGUUGAGGACCGGAGUUGUUCCUACGAAUUUCACUUAUACGACAUUGUUGAGUGCUUGUAGCAGGUUAAGAGACCAUCUUUCUGGGAAAUUGACUCACUCUAAAGUGAUUGUUUCAGGGACUGUACCUGAUUUGCCCUUGUAUAAUGCCCUGCUCGACAUGUAUUCUAGUUGUGGUGAUAGUGAAACAGCUUUGAAAAUCUUCAGAAAAAUUAAGAAGCCAGAUUUGGUUUCUUGGAAUUCAAUGAUAUCGGGGUGCGCAACAAAUGGAGAUGGAGAGAUGGCAAUGAGGAUGUUCAUCCAAUUUGGACAAUCUUCUCGCUUCACCCCUGAUGAAUAUACAUUUGCAGCUACAAUUUCUGCUGCAGGAACAUUGCCAGCAGCUGAGUAUGGGAUACCACUUCAUGGCCAAGUUGAGAAGGUGGGGCUCGGUGCAAGUGUAUUUGUUGCAAGCACACUUAUAUCAAUGUACUUUUGCAAUGGGGAAGUUGAGUCUGCUCAAAAGGUUUUCAUUAAUGUCCUUGAUAAGGAUGUUGUCCUUUGGACUGAGAUGAUUGCUGGACAUUGUAGGAUUGGUAAUGCUGAGAGCUCUAUUAGAUUGUUCCAUGAGAUGUUACAGGAAGGCCACAAGGCUGAUGAAUUUAUUCUUACCAGUGCCUUAAGUGUGUGUGCUGAAGUGGCAACUGUGAGGCAGGGUGAGAUGAUUCAUUCCCUGGCUGCCAAAACAGGCUAUAGUGCUGAGAUGACCGUUUGCGGGAGUCUGGUUGAUAUGUAUGCUAAAAUUGGAAACCUUGCAGCUGCAGAGCUUAUGUUUUCCAGCGUCACCAUGCCUAAUCUAAUAUGCUGGAACUCAAUGCUUGGUGCAUAUGGUUACCAUGGGAAGUCAGAGGAGGCAUUCACGCUGUUCAAUGAUAUUUUACAACAUGGCCUAAAACCAGAUCAUGUAACAUUUAUCUCUCUGCUUGCAGCAUGUAGCCACUGUGGUUUGGUCAACCAUGGUUUAUACUUCUGGAAUUACAUGAAAGAAACUGGUUUAGAACCAAGCCUGAAGCAUUAUUCUUGCAUGAUCACGUUGUUGAGUCGAGCUGGAAUGCUGGAGGAGGCUGAGAAUGUUAUAAUGGAAUCACCCUUGGGUGUUGAAUGUCUUCAACUAUGGAGAAUUUUACUGAGCUCCUGUGUAAGUAAAGGAAACCGGAUAAUAGGAAUACGUGUUGCUAAACAGGUUUUGGGCAUGGAUGCAGAAGACAGUGCAACAAAUGUACUGCUUUCCAAUUUAUUUGCUUCAACUGGUAGAUGGGCUAGUGUUUCAGAGAUUAGGAGAAAAAUAAGGGGACUUAUGUUGGAAAAAGAUCCUGGUUUAAGCUGGUUAGAAGUUAUGAACAAUACUCAUGUGUUCUCUUCUAGUGAUCAUUCACAUCCACAGUAUGGUGAAAUAAGAACUGAGCUGCAUAGAUUACUAGGAAACUUAACACAGUCAGAAGCAAAUCAAUUUAUACUGGAUGCUGAGGCUGUGGAAGUAGGAUCUAGCCUCCAUUAGUUUGAAUCAGAAUGACUGCCCACUGAAAUCUUUGAUAGGCCAUGGAGCUCAAGAUUCAGCCAAUCUCUUCUCCAAAAUGAUUCCUAGA